CUCCAACCACAGUUGAGCGAUGAGAGGAAUCCUACAAUUAUCCAUAGUGCUGAUCGGCCUGGGGCUGGUCCUGGCUGGCAGCCGGCCCAUCUCCGAUUGCGGCGAGCGCAUUCAGGACGAUGGCUACCCGAUGGAGCGCCAUAAGGUGACGACCAGCGACAGCUACAUCCUGACGAUGCAUCGCAUCCCAUACUCCCCGAAGACGGGCAACACACCCAACCGACCGGUGGCCUUUCUGAUGCACGGCAUGCUGAGCUCCUCCUCCGAUUGGGUGCUCAUGGGUCCCGGCAAGGCGCUGGCCUACAUCCUCGCCGAUGCUGGCUACGAUGUCUGGAUGGGCAAUGCGCGCGGCAACACCUACUCCAAGGAGCACAAGUACUGGCCCACCUUCUGGCAGCUCUACUGGAACUUCAGCUGGAACGAGAUCGGCAUCUACGACGUGCCCGCCAUGAUCGACUACACUCUGGCGAUCACUGGACAGAAGCAGGUGCAGUAUGUGGGCCACUCCCAGGGCACCACCGUGUACCUGGUGAUGGUCUCCGAGAAGCCCGAGUACAACAACAAAAUCAAGUCCGCCCAUCUGCUGGGCCCAGCCGCUUACAUGGGCAACAUGAAGAGUCCCAUGACUCGCGCCUUUGCACCCAUUCUCGGCCAGCCCAAUGCCAUGGUGGAGCUCGUCGGUUCCAUGGAGUUUAUGCCCAGCAACAAGUUCAAGCAGGAUUUGGGCAUUGAGAUGUGCCAGGCGACGUCCCCGUACGCGGAAAUGUGCGCCAAUGAGAUCUUCCUUAUCGGCGGCUAUGACUCUGAUCAACUGGAUUAUGAACUGCUGGAGCACAUCAAGGCCACCUCUCCCGCAGGCGCUUCCGUCAAUCAAAAUCUGCACUUCUGCCAGGAGCACAACUCGGGCAAGUUCCGCAAGUUCGACUACAGCGUUGUGCGCAAUCCCAUCGAGUAUGGCUCGUACUUCCCACCCGACUACAAGCUAAAGAAUGCCAAGGCACCCGUCAUGCUGUACUACGGCGCCAACGACUGGAUGUGCGAUGUGGGCGAUGUGCGACAGCUGCGCGACCAGCUGCCCAACAUGGCGCUGGACUAUCUCGUGCCCUUUGCCAAGUGGGCACAUUUGGAUUUCAUUUGGGGCACCGAGGCCAAGAAGUACGUGUACGAUGAGGUCUUGAAGCAGAUGCGUUCUCACGAAUAACUUUAUUGAUUUGCAUAAUAAAUUGAGCUCCAAUCACUCCA